AGCUCUGGACGGAGCUCAGGGUCGCGGUCGGCACUCUCACCUGUCAGGAUGUUCAUGCACUUGGAGGUUUUCUAUUACGUUUUCAUUCUCCUGACUCACAUGAGGUCGUACAGUUGCUGGUCAGUGAAUAAUUUCUUGAUGACUGGACCCAAGGCGUACUUAAUCUACUCGAGCAGCGUGGCGGCAGGAGCUCAGAGCGGCAUAGAAGAGUGCAAAUAUCAGUUUGCAUGGGACCGCUGGAACUGCCCCGAGAGAGCUCUGCAGCUGUCAACACAGAGCAGCCUGCGUAGUGCAAAUCGAGAAGCUGCGUUUGUCCACGCCAUCAGCUCGGCUGGGGUGAUGUACACGUUAACCAGGAACUGCAGUCUGGGAGACUUUGACAACUGCGGCUGUGAUGACAGCAGGAAUGGACAACGAGGUGGCCUCGGCUGGCUCUGGGGAGGCUGCAGUGAUAAUGUUGGCUUCGGCGAAGCCAUCUCCAAGCAGUUCGUGGAUGCCUUGGAGACUGGGCAGGACGCUCGGGCAGCCAUGAAUCUCCAUAAUAACGAAGCUGGGCGCAAGGCUGUCAAGGGGACCAUGCAGAGGACGUGCAAGUGCCACGGUGUUUCGGGAAGCUGCACCACUCAGACUUGCUGGCUGCAGCUGCCAGAGUUCAGGGAGGUGGGAAACUACUUGAAGGAAAAGUACCACAGAGCUCUGAAAGUGGAUCUCCUCCGAGGGGCAGGGAACAGCGCGGCCAGCCGUGGAGCCAUCGCCGAGACCUUCAGCUCCAUCUCCCGCAAGGAACUGGUCCACCUGGAAGACUCCCCCGAUUACUGCCUGGAGAACCGCACUCUGGGCCUGCCAGGCACAGAGGGCCGCGAGUGCCUGAAGAAGGGCAAGAACUUGACCAAAUGGGAGAAACGGAGCUGCAAGAGACUGUGUGGAGAGUGCAGUCUGGCUGUGGAAGAGCGCAAAGCUGAGAUGGUCUCCAGCUGCAAUUGUAAGUUCCACUGGUGCUGCGCGGUGAAGUGUGAGCAGUGCAGAAAGACAGUGACCAAAUACUUUUGUGUGAAGAAAGAAAGUCAGAGGGGAAGGAACGAGAGCGCCGCCAGCCGCCGGAAGAACCUCAGACUGAGGAAGAAGCACUAAGCAUCUUCGCCACGUCUCUGCAUGCACAUAUAGCACAUACUGUAUGUUGCAGCUCCUGCAAAUAUCCAGACCAGCAGAUAACUUGUGUUCUGAACAAGGACAUGUUAGACUGUCUACAAUGAGUCUAACUGCAUGGAUGGUUGCUGGCAGGGAUGGGCAACGGAGUCGCAUGAGAUGAGGGGAUGCUCUUUUAUAACUUUGUAGAUUUGUUUUUCUUCUAGCAUAAAUGUAUUUAAGAUAUAUUUUUAUAUAUAUUUUUUUUUUACAACAUUUUGAAAAAAUCACUGGGCAUUGAUGUUUUCUUUCUGACUUUAAAAUACUCAACAACGUAAUUAAUUUAUUCUCAUGUUUAAACAAAAACUUUGGAGAAAAUCUUAUAAGGUGGAUGAAUGAUCUGGCAAUCUGUUGAGUAAAUUAUAUUCUAAAAAAACAAAAACCAAACCCCCAUAAGGUCAUGUCGAUCUUUGCAUACUUUAACUUUAAGAUGUCAAGUUUUUUAAUUAAUUUGACGAUGAAGCAAUAUGACAUUUUUUAGGACAGUUUGCUCUCUUGUUAUCCGGCUCGCUCUGACAUUUCCUUUUCUGAUGUAUUUAAUUGUACAUAAAUUGAAGCACUUUGUGCCGUACAUUGUUAAU